AUGCAGCUGUACAACAGUGUGCUCACACACUACCCGAGGUCGUCUCGCAAAGUUACUAUAACUUUGUCGGCCGCCUCCGAGCGCUUGAACGGGACAGCCCAAAGUUCCUCUGAGGCCGAGAAACCGGGAUCCACUCCACUUGACUCAACUCCAGCGACCAACGGUGGUGAUCCGGCGAAAGAGACUGCGUCUUCCGCAAACAUGCCUGCCUUUUCGUGUUACGAAGCCUCACCCCUGAGACCAGUUUACUUCACAUCGACUGCUGAGAUAUUGAUCCGCAGACCCGAUGGAGUGGAGAGGUCUGUUCCCGUCCACAUCGUUCGGGAAUCCAAAGCCAAACCCCCCUCUCCUCAUCCACACAACGAUGUAGAUACUCUCCGCAGUGACUGUGAUUCGGAUGUGAUGGUGGACUUGUUAGACCAUCUGAGGAAUGGGACAGAUGAGCUUUUCCCUGAUUGCCAAGAAUUAGUUGAGAACCACGGCCGUGUGAAGAAAAACAUCAUUGGACCAGCAGCAGAAGAAAACCAUAGACUAACAAUGAGAAAUUCAUGUGAGGAUGAAGCAGCUCCACAGACCAAUUCCCCCCGCAGAAGUAAUGGGUGGGCCUCACUACAUGAAGAGGAAUUAGUUCCCCCCAGAUCAACUCAGCCAACCGACUUCAAAAAGGAAGAUUCUAGUGAUGUGACCAGUGUCAGAGCUCUCCCAGCAUCAAAUGACAGGCGAGCCUUUGAGCUCAGCGUCCUGCAGGAGUCUCCCCCUCAAGGAUUCCAAGAGAAGAGGGACCUCAGCAACAAAGUCACCCGGUACCUGGCUGAGGUAGAGAAGCAGAACAAGUACCUCCAGGAGAGACAGAGGUACAGGUACCACAUCAUUCCCGACGGAAACUGUCUGUACAGAGCUGUGUGCAAAGCCACGUACGGGGACCAGUCCAAACACGGGGAGCUGCGGGAGCAGACCGUGCACCACAUCGCCGACCACCUGGACGAGUUCAACCCCAUCAUCGAGGGAGACGUGGGGGAGUUCCUGAUCAACGCGGCGCAGGACGGCGCCUGGGCUGGCUAUCCCGAGCUCCUCGCCAUGAGCCAGAUGCUGAACGUCAACAUUCACCUCACCACCGGCGGCAGCUCCGAGAGUCCCACCGUCUCCACCAUGGUGCACUAUCUGGGGGAGGAGGAUUCUUCCAAGCCGGCUAUCUGGCUGAGUUGGCUCAGCAACGGGCACUAUGAUGUCAUCCUGGACAGGUGUUUCCCCAAUCCGGAGCAUGAGGACUGGUGCCGUCACUCACAGAUGCAGCGGAAGCGAGACGAGGAGCUGGCAAAGUCCAUGGCUGCCUCGUUGUCCAAGAUGUACAUAGAACAAAAUGGUUCCAUGUAA